AGCUUAGUGGUAGUGUGGUACACUGCACAGUGCACACACACAAAGCUCUGUACUCUCUCGCUCCACCACUAAGAUCCCAUGGCCUCUUCUGCAGCGACGAAGCUCCGGUACCGACGCUGGCAUCCGCUCCUCGCCAUCUUGGUUGCUUUCUCAUUGCUGCCGACGAUGAUCGCAGCGCGAGACGACCAGGACGGCGACCGGGUGGGGUUCCUCCCCGGGAAGCCGGGGAGGCCUCCGGUGUCGCAAUUCUCGGGGUACGUCACGGUGAACGAGCACAACGGGAGGGCGCUCUUCUACUGGUUCUUUGAGGCUCAGGCAUCGCCGGCUCAGAAGCCUCUCCUGCUGUGGCUCAAUGGAGGCCCUGGUUGCUCAUCUGUGGGUUAUGGAGCAGCUUCUGAGCUGGGGCCUCUCUUGGUCAAUGACAAUGGGACCGGUUUGGAGUUCAACGAAUUUUCAUGGAAUAGAGAGGCCAAUUUGCUGUUCUUGGAGUCUCCUGUUGGAGUUGGCUUCUCAUACACAAAUACCACCUCUGACCUAGACAACAUUGAUGAUCGCUUUGUCGCCGAGGACACCUACACCUUCUUAGUAAAUUGGUUCAACAGGUUUCCCCAGUACAAGAACAAUGACUUCUACAUCUCAGGGGAGAGCUAUGCAGGCCAUUAUGUUCCUCAGCUUGCUGAAGUGGUGUAUGAGCGCAACAAGCACCUUGAGGCAAAUCAAAAUACCAAUUUGAAAGGAUUUAUUGUUGGCAAUGCAGUGACUGAUGUUUACUAUGAUGAAAACGGGCUAGUCGAGUUCGCUUGGAGCCACUCUGUGAUCUCAGAUCAACUUUAUGAGCGUGUAAAAAAUGUUUGUGACUUCAGGAUCCAUACCCGUACCGAGGAAUGUGCACAUGCAAUGAACCUUGUAUACACGCAGUACGAUAAGAUCGACAUCUUUAACGUGUACGCACCUAAGUGCAAUACUGAUGAAUCAGCACUUUCGUCCACCUCUGACAGCACUGUAGAAAUGAAUGCCAAGAAGAAGUUCAAAAGAUUGAGGAUGUACACGGGAUAUGAUCCUUGCUACUCAACCCACAUCGAAGAUUACUUGAACAGGAUGGAUGUACAGAAAUCACUUCAUGCGAAUAUCAGUGGAUGGAUCAAGGAUAGAAAAUGGAGUAUCUGCAGUUACUCAAUUUUCGACAACUACCACGACAACAUCUUUUCUGUUCGUCCUAUUUACUCUAAGCUUGUCAAGGCUGGACUAAGAAUUUGGAUCUACAGUGGAGACGUAGAUGGUAGGGUUCCGGUUAUUGGAUCCCGGUAUUGGGUAGAAGCACUUGGCCUUCCUGUCAAGUCACAGUGGCAACCAUGGUACUUGAAAGAUCAGGUUGCUGGAAGGUUUGUCGAGUACGAAGGACUGACAAUGGCCACUGUCAGAGGAGCUGGCCAUGAUGUGCCUCAAGAUAAGCCAGAAGAGGCGCUUGUGAUAAUCACUUCCUUCCUUUCAGACAGACAACUGCCAACAAAAAACAACUGAUGGAUAGUACCAGAAUGAAAUUUACUGAAUGAGAAAGAGUGAAGAAAUAAUCAAUAUUGAGAUCGACAUAACAAAUCAUACAGUGUAGGCUCUAUAUGUACCAAUUGUACGCACCAACUUAAAUAAACUUUUGCUAAUUUGACCAUGAGAAAUGGUUUAUAGUCAAUUCAACUAAUGAUAUCGGCCAUGUAUGAUAAUUCAUAGACGUGGCACAUGUUUUCCAUUCUUCUGAAGAAGAGAAACAAAGCCUCGAUUGUCACAAAGACUCGUACAUGCCACCGGUAUUUGUUUUUACCAUUUAGCACAACUUCAUCAGUGUAAGUGCCUGAGAUUUGAGAUCCCAUAGAUGUGCAAUGUCCUGAUCAACAGAAAACUUCCAAGCAGCUUUUCGAAAGACAGUAGGAAAUACAAAAUGUAACUGCAAUGGCAAACUUCAGUGUUCAAUAGGAUCAGCCUCAAAUCAAAACUACUCCUGAUAGAGAAAACUUAUGUAUCUUUCAGUUAUGUUAUUGUUCCCCACCUCUCACGUAAUUGUUUCAUCCUUGAGCAACUUUUGACACAAAUAA